UACCUGAAGUAUUAAAAACCAUAAAUGCGGAGAUUAAAAUGAGUGCACAGAAAUACGGAGUAGAGUUUUUAAAAAGUUAUCCCGGUAUAUUGAAAAUUACCGAACAGGUACUGAAUAUAGCAGUUCUGAUAGGAGUUUCGGUAUGCGGAUUCCAAACAACAAUUAUACUGCUCGGCAUAAACGUAUUUUACGCUAUAUGCACAACUACAUUCUUCUUAAUAGUAAGAUAUAGAUCUGUAUUCAAAAACUCUACUUUCCCGUGGGAUUGGAUCGAAUGUGCUAAUUGUAUUGCCGUCGCGAUAAUGUACGCUUUAGGAUCGUCGAUUGCCCUUUCGGAGAUGUCGAAGGAAUUCAUAGUAACCGCAAUAAUUGGUUACAUAGCUGCUAUGGUAUACGCUUUAGAAACUGUAGAUGCUUUUAAACUGGCUGCUACACCACGAGCUCGGUACGUUUGGACGACACCAAAUAUGCCAGAAUAAGAAAAGUCAUAUUGUAUCUCUAUUGUUAUUUAUUUGUUGGACAAUAAAGUUAACUUUUUCGAUAA